CUUGAAAUGAGAUGAAAGUCGAGUUCGGAUUCUAGAAACCUUUAUUACAAUUUCAAAUUACGAAUCAGCCCAGCACGAAAUCAGAAUCGAAAAUGGCUCAUUUCGUGAGUAAUCCGUCGCACCAGAAUUACUACUUUAAGGACUCGAUUGCCUACACCGAGGACCACAUUCCUGUCCAGAAGCUCUACUUCUACAAGGUUCCGCCGGAGCUCAGCCAGGCCAUUUUGGAGCAGCACUUUGGGAUCUACGGCCACGUGCUGCGCAUGCAGAUCUUCAAGCCCCGGAACUUUCCCCGCGGAGGAGCUGGACGCAAAGCCCACCGCUUCCAGCAGCUGACUGGCUAUGUCUUUUACGCCCAGAAACGAGAUGCAGCCAAGGCUCUGCACAGCCGGAUUCACCACGUGAAGGGAUGGAAGUUCCAUGUGCAGGCCAGCGACAGCUGGCACCAGCCGGAUGCCUACGGGAUGCCCCGUCAUCCGGCGGUGAUGCUGCCCAAUGUGGAGCGCCCGCCGCCGCCGGCCAUCAUGAGUCUGAACGAUCACUGCCUGGAGCAUGUGCUGCGCUAUCUCACCCUUUCGGACCAGAUGCACUUCGCCCGGAGCUGCCUGCGCUUCCGGGCGGUCUAUCAGAUGGCCACCGCCAGGCUGCACAAGUCGGUGAAUCUGCGCCAGUUCGAUGGCAUGACCGUCUGGGACAUGCGCGACUUCUUCCAGCUGUCCGGCUGCCAUGUGGAGAAGAUCGAGGGCGAGAUGCCCACGACUCGCGCGCAGCGACUUUGCGACUUCCUGGCCAUCAGCUGCGGGAAUCUGAAGACAAUCGCUCUGUUCAACAGUCCCAUGAAUGCGCGCAACAUGCACAAGAUGUUCGCCAAAAUGCACAAGCUGGAGACGCUGCAGCUGCUCAUGUCGGAGGUCUCCGAUCGCGGCCUCCUGGCCCUGCGUAGUCUGCGCAACCUGAAGACGCUCAAUCUGACAGGAAAUCCCUUGCAGGGCAAUACUUUGGCCAAGCUGCCGGGAACCAUAGAAAAGUUGUCGCUCAACAAGUGCUCGUACUUUGAGGGCGCCUACCUUUCCAAGAUAUGCCACUCCUUCCCUCGACUGAAGGAGCUGAGCAUCAAGAGCAUUGACAUGUCGUGGUCCAAUGUCUACGAAUCCCUGAUCACAGGGAAAUCGUGUGCCCAGCUGGAAAGCCUGUCGAUUAGCACCCAUGAGGGCGAGAAGUACGAGUUUGUGGCCCAAUUGCCCAGCCUGAAAAGCCUGUUUGUCUACACCACCUCGCCCCUUCGCGACACCUUGCGCAAGGAGCUCUUCGAGCAGCUGGCGCAGCACAAGGCGGAUCAGUUGGAGCGACUCGAACUCUUUGGCCAUGCACAUCUGACCGGGGAAAUGAUUGCCAACGUUGCUAAGCUAGUUGGACUUCGCACUCUGGCCAUUUCCCGCAUUGAGACUGAAAAUUCGCUGGACGAGCUAUCUGGUUUGGUCGCCUUGGAGCGAUUCACCCUCCGCCACUCGGCCAAUGUCCGCGACACCGCGAUCCUGCAACUGUUCGGUGCCUGCCGCAAGCUGUGCUAUGUGGGACUGGAGGAUUACCCCGAGGUAAGCGAGAAACUAGUGCUGGGCAUCGUGGCCAAGGUGCGCCAGGAAAUGGCCAACAAGGAGAUGAAGCGCAAGUUACCCAUCCAGCUGUGGACCUUUUUCCUGGGCAACGACAUGGAAAGGCUCCUGAAAACGCAUCCUGAUAAAGUUCCUGAGGAUAUUAUCCAAUUAAAGUGCACUUCCUCCCCCGAAUAUGAUUUAAACAUGGAUUUUGCCCACAUUAUUGAGGAUGAGGAAGAGUUCGAUUCGGAUGACUCUAAUGAUCUCUAUACCGACUCCGGGGAUGACGAUGAUGAUUAUUUUAGCGAUCAUGACAUGUUCGAUGUGGGCUUCCUAAGCGAUGAAGACAUAGAUUCCGACUCGGAAUUCGAUCCGUCUUAUGGCUACGUUCAUCCCUCGUGGCCCUACGACAGUAAUGGAGAUUUUGUCGGUUUCGGUUUGGAAUACGAUUCUGGUAAGUUUAUACUUUUGCUAAAGAAAUUGUGUUUAUAACAUUGUUUUCUCCAA